CAGUCUGCCCCGGGCCCAACUUUUUUUCUGGGCGGCGUGCCAAUUGCCCGCGCCGGGGCCCCGAAGACUGGACUGUGCCGUUCCCGACUCGAGGAUUCGAUUCGCGAUUCCCCGUCCCGCCGCCGCCGUCUACCGGAGAGCGCGACACCGACCACCACACCUCACACAAUGGCUUCAACACAACAAUGUCUUGCCUCGCUGGCAAGGCUUAGCCUGUCGACUCCCACCAGAGCUGCUCUUCCGACAAUACCCAAGUUCCUCGUCCCGUCGGUCGGCGCAUCGCAGGUUCGAUAUGCGACCAACAACCCCAACAAGGGAGGAGCCAAGAAGGCGCCCAAGAAGAAGAAGCAGUACAAGUUCUUCAAGUCAUGGGACAUGGCCGGCCAGCAGCAGUUUUCCCUCUGCGAUGCCAUGCGCUACCUCCGCGCCGUCGAGGUCGGGCAACCCCCCUUGACCGUCAAGUACGAGGUGCACGUCAAGCUCCGGACAAAAAAGAACGGCCCCGUCGUGCGCGACCGCGUCCGCCUACCGACCCCCGUCAAGACCGACACCCGUAUCGCCGUCAUCUGCCCCGAGGGCAGCGCGCUGCAGGAGGAGGCCAAGAACCUCGGCGCCGUCCUGGCCGGCGAGGAGACCGUGUUCGAGGCGAUCCGUUCGGGCAGCUUUUCCUUCAACAAGCUCCUCUGCCACACCGAGAGCGAGGGCGCGCUCCGCAAGGCCAACGUCGGAAAGCUCCUCGGUCCCAGGGGUCUGAUGCCCAGCGGCAAGACCAAGACCAUCACCAACAACCUCGAGGCCACCUUCAGAGACAUGAUCGGCAUGGACGAGUACAGGGAGAGGAACGGUGUCGUGCGCAUGGCGGUCGGCCAGCUCGGCUUCACGCCCAGGCAGCUGGGCGAGAACAUUCGUGUGUUCAUGGCCAAGAUCAAGUCCGACAUCAGCAAGCUGGAUGAUACCACGCCCAAGUUGUUGGAGGAGGUGGUUCUUAGCACGACCCACGGUCCUGGGUUGAGUCUGAACGCCGAGUUUGCCCCUACCGACGACAAGAUCAAGCCCGAGGAUUUGGAGUCGGCCAUGUAAGAUGUAUAUGACGGGGUGUGGGCUAGAUUUCCUUGUAUCAUAGGCAUGUAUUAUAAUGGCAAAAUGGAGCGGUUUGUAACAGGUAUACCCUUAUGCUUGUCUCUAUG